AUAAGGCCUUGUAUUCAACAUACAAAGGAAAAAAUGGAAUUUUAUUGUAAGGAUUGCAGUGUGGCGAUCUGUAAUACAUGUCGGACUCCAGCUCAUCAAGACCAUGAUGUACUGGGAAUAUGUGACUACAGAGAUGAUGUUGAAGCCGAAUUGAAGAUGUUGAAAGACGAACUUGAAAUAAAAAGUUCAGAAUUCGAAAAGUAUGUUGGUGAAGUCAACGUGAAAAUUGGCUCUAUGAAUGAAUCUGCUCGAACAUCUUGUUCUAAAAUUGAUCAACAUGUUCAAAAAAUCUGUGAUAUUGUGAUUCUGAAAGGAGCAAAGUUAAAAGAAAAUUUAAGGAAAACGUUCCAAGAAGAUGAACGGAAGAUGAAGGAGAUCGUUGAUGGUACAAACGAUUUGAUUGGUCGCAUGGCUAAAAUGGCGCAGAACAUAUCAGAUAUUUUGAUUGGUUAUUGUAUGUAUGAUAUGGUAGAUGUGUUACCUAUAUUGAAACGUCAACGAAAUGAAUGGGAAUCACGAGACCUGCCUAACGUGCAUGUCGUCACAAGUAAACACCAUACCGAACCGAUAGAUCUUACAUCUCUUCAAAAUAUGGUUGGAGAGUUCCGGGUCGCAAGACAGACGAAGACGACGUUGGAGCACAGCUUUAAUUAUGAUGUGAUGCAAAAUAAAGCGGAGAACGAAUGGGUUUAUAGUCCUGCCGUCAGAUUACAAGAUUGUUCCUUGAAUAUCCGAGCAAAAAUGAAAUCCGAUUAUUCCAUUGAUCUUGGUUUGUAUGUUAAUUUUGGAGAUGGUGUGAAUAAAUCUACCAUUCAAUAUUGUACCGUUAAUGCUACCAUGAUGUUGGCAUAUCGGCACCAUUGGUCAAAUGAGGUAAAAACAGAGACUAAUACUUUCACAGAGACAUUUACACCGCCAAUUGGUAAACUAACCUGGGCUAAUGUCGCUGGUGUUGAUACUGAAGAUAAUACAGCGUGUACCGCAUCCGCUACCGUUGAUGUAACCAUGACCACGGUUAUAUAAUUCGACAUGGGCGACCAUGCAUUUGACAAAAAUAUAAUAUGAUAGAGUGUAAAAUUGUAGGCCAUGUACUCAUGAUGUCCGACUUUCUAAUAUAUAGGUGUGUAUAUCUAAAUUAAGAAUCCAUCCAGAGUAACACAAAGUGUAUGCCAGAGAAAACCGCGGGAACCCAUGGACACGACUAAUACAUCUCAAAAGAAACAUGAACGCCGAUCACCACACCCAAGAGAUAUUAUCUAUUGAAAGUGCAGUUUUGUAGAAAACAGUUUUAAGUACCAAAACAUUUUUAUUCGGGAUUGUUUUUUACUAAAUAAAUGUGAUGAUCAGUUUACAUAGUUAUUACUGUAACAUGGUAUAUCUAAUGAGGUAUAUCAAAUAAUAUGAUAUGUCAGUGAUAUGAGGGGAAUGUUCAGCUGCAUUCUGCCUACUCUUAUAUCGAAUUCCAACUGUCAAGGGUUCUUUACAUGCACACUAAUGUGUACAAAAGAUCUUGAUUUCUGGUCCUAUCCGAACGACAAGACGGUUUCGUUGCCACCCCCUCUUACACCACUGAAAAGGAGAAACCAUGCUGAAAACCACGAGCACCGCCUUGUCCACUGAGCGAUGUAACAAAGUACUCUUUUAACUCAAAUUGAACGGCCAUUUAGGUGCUUAGAACUGAGUGACCUCCAGCCAUGCUUCUUGAUAAUAUAUAUAAUAUUGACCUUUUAACUCUGUAUGCACUGUUCUUAAGUCACGAUUGUCUGUGUUGUAAUUAAACAUGUAAUUAAUUCCAAUAUGUCCUUUACCAGCUACACAUGCUCUGUGUACAAGCUCCGCAUUACUUCAAAGGAUAUAUGUACUGGUCAGUAAGCAUGAUGACGAGAUAAAAGAGACAAUUGCAUGUAUGACCAUAUGUCGUCUAUCGUCCGAGGAUAUAUAAUGAGAAGUUCACUGACAGUUAAACAGGACGACUAGAGAGACGGUUGGAGAGGAGAGACGGGCGUAUGGACUCACCCGAGUUCAGCCGCUGCCUUGGCAGAGGGGCAGAAUGGUGGACUUAAUAUAGUUAGAUGUGUUCCUGUCGUAGCUAGAUUAGUUCUUAUAUAGUUUAAG